AUGUUAUUUCUGAUAGUAAUGUUUGCAGCAACUAAAGUAUUACAAUGUGAAAUUACUUGUGAAAUACCAAAUGGUAUGAAAUCUAAUUUUACAUGGAUUCCAUGUUCAAAUGGGCCGAUUAUCUAUCACAAUAUAACGCUUCUGGAUGAAAAUUACACAAAAAUAUAUUCGAUCGUUGCAAGAAAACCAUUUAUUAUACUGGCUGAUAUAACAAAUACUGGUAAACAAUAUGAUAAUUUGAAAUCAUCCAUUAAACUAUACAAAUGGGGCGGAUGGCUUGGCUGUAAAUGGCAUCGAAUUCCAACUUUUGGAAUACUUGAUGAUUUGGUGCAAUGUAAUAAAAGUGUUCAAUGCCCAGUAAAACCUGGGAAGCAGAAAUUUCCAGUAAUGUUUGACUUAAGUGAAAUUCGAUUCCUUAUCAAAAUGCUUCCGGAUAAUAAGCCGUACAGGAUACAAGUUGAAAUUGUUAAUCAGGAAAAGGAAUUAUAUUCAUGCAUUAAUCUUUGGUCUAUAAUAAGAACUGUCAACGAUUCUCGUUAAUGAUUAAAUUAUUAAAUUGUUCAUACCACUUAAUGUAAUGCUUCGUGAUACUUCCAGUUGCAUAAAUAAAUAAAACAUUUUGUUACC